CAGACUGAGUUCCAGGCCCACACGUCAGCCUCACCCUCACGAGUAAAAAGCGCGGUUGCUGUCCCUCGUCACCACCAGAAUUAGCGAUACGGAUUCCGUUAUUCAGAAAUCACGGCCGCGGCGACCCCGGACCCAAUCUCGGAUCCCUGCUCCGCCCAAAAGAUGGCGGCGGCAUGGGCGGCGCUGGCGGUGUUGCUGGCCGCAGCUCAGGUGGCUUCGGCGGCGCCGGUCACGGCGCCAGCGUUCCUCUGGGCGCCCAAGAAUUACGGCCGUUCUGAUGAUACUAAGGAAGUAGUCCACUAUCAGACUGUAUCUUCAAAGAGUUUGGCUAAAUCUGUUCUUGCAGAAGGUGGCUGGUCAAACUUUAUUUGUUCAAGGGAGGCUGCUCAGAGGAAUGUUGAUGUUGCCGUUAUUUUUAUUGGCUCAACGCUACAAUCAGCAGACAUAUCUAAAGAUAACCAAGUUGAUCCAGCUUUAGCAGAUAGAUUGAAGCUCUCCUUCACAAGUUCAAAUUUUUCCAUGGCAUUCCCCUAUGUUUCCACAUCAGAUGAUGAGAAAUUGGAGAGCUCAUUGCUAUCUGGCUUUGCUGCGAACUGUAACAGUGGUUUUGAAAGAAACGAUAUUACCUACACAGACAAGUGUACUGUAAGUGGUCAAGAUCUGUACAAAUAUCCAAACAUGGAUGCUAUCAAUGACUUGGUAGUGUCAGGGAGAGCGAACCCGUUUGGACGGACUGGUCUAAUUGUCUUCUGUAGUGGUGGUUUCCAGAGAUUAGGACGCCUUGUGAAAUCUGAAGGAGAGUUGCUUGCCCAGCUGGUUGAGUUACUGGAGCACUCGGGGGCUAAAUACACGAUUCUCUAUGCUUCUCAACCAUCUGGUUUACUGGAGAGCCCUUCCAGCUUGCCACUAAGUAGGCAUCUUGCAGAGAAGAAGAUUAAUGAUACAAAAGCUGGCCAGAGCAAAUGUGAUGGGGAGUGCCUAGUCAAAUCAAGUCUUCUGGAAGGAGCUUUUGUUGGGAUAGUGCUUCUUAUCAUCUUGAUAUCGGGACUCAUGUGCAUGAUGGGAAUCGACACACCCUCGAGGUUUGAAGUUCCCCAGGAAUCUUGAUCUCACUUUUCUGGACACGGGAGCUCGAUGAGCUCUAAGCAGCACGACGGAACGGCGUCCAUUGGUCCACUGGCCUUGUAUAUUUUUCUGAGCCAACUGUUACUUCCAGUUUGCUCAAUUUUGGUGUAAUAUUACUUCCCUCGUGUCUAUGGAGAUCAAGCUGAGCUAUCGCAAACAAUGUAUAAAACAUAUACAUGCUCGAGGCUUGUGUUGCACCAGACAUAGCAUUUGCCUCCAGUAUGUUUCCUGUGAAUAACCUGAAAUUCAGGUGUAACCAAUAAGACGGCACUGUGCAUGGACCAUGGAAUAAAGUCGUAAUCUUGUUAGUUGUCAAAAAAAAA